AUCUCAAUCGUAUACCCGUUAAUGUCAAGUGUCAACUUUUACAAAUGAAGUGGCGAUGAGCGGCGAAAUCAAAAAUAUAGAAAAAAAAUUGUAAACCUUGAAGUAAAUUGUGAAACAUUUGAUAAUAAUAAACGACAGCGCUGUUAUUUUAUAAAUUAAAAAAAUGGCCUCUUCUAAAACACUUCAACUAUUAGCAACUAAACUAGGUUUGGCAGAGGAAGCAAGAGUAAUAAGCAAAGCCGCGGAGUUUGAACGUUUAUUACAAACCAAAACAACAGCUGGAUACAAUUUAACUGAUACAAGUAAAGUUGUAAUAUGUUUAGAUUUAGCCACAUCAAUUCUGAAUGCUGAUUUAGACCAGAAAACAGCCAUAAAAUAUUCGGGUCUCAAAGCUCCAAGCUACAACAAUUGCAGGAAAGUUAUAGAAAAUUUGCUUGAGCUAAAUAAUGACAACAUAACAGUGUCGAGUCUCUGUUUAAUCAUGCAGUGUACAGGCGUUCAGACCUUGGCUGAGAGUAUAUUAGCCGAAUAUCAAAAAGUUACUAAAAUGGAAAUGGAUCUUACUCUGCCACAAUAUGUAUGUAUGGCUGUUUAUCAAGCUUGCAGAAUAAAUAAGGUUAAAAUAGCAAAAAGUAAAUUAAUUGAAAAAUCGAGAUUGAAACCCGGACAGUGGAGUAAGUUAGAUGCGGAAUGGACGAAAAUUGUUGAUGAGAAAUUUACUACAGUCAAGAAAAGGGGAAGACCACGAAAAGUGACCAUAGUAAAUGAUGAACAACAAAUGGAGUUAGAUACCGGUCCUAAAGAUGAGAAAUCCUGCGAACCGAAAAUUGAACCUUAUGAGCAGUGGAAACAGCGUAUGUUGGAACAAGCAUACGAAGAGUUGAAAGAACUUGAAAGAAGAGAUAGUGUGAGACAAGAGAAAGAGAUGUUAUCGCCAAGACGAUCGCCAAGGAAAACUCCGCAAAAGUUCUCGCCAUAUAAGAGUCCUAAGAAAUCCAGUGCGGGGAUAAGACUUCUCUUUCCUAAAGAUCUUUGAUCGUUUUUUCAAUAGAGACUAGCAAAUGUUUUAUAUAUAUAAUUAAUUCUGAAACAAAGUAUUAAUGUAUUUUUUGAUUAGGUUUUAUAAAAUAAUAGUAUUAAGCACAGCCUUUUUUAAUCUGUUAAAUAAGUUUUGGUAGCAUUUUUUAUCAUUCACUGCAACCUCAUUUUACUGAAUCAUGUGACUCGAGCUGGUAUUAUUCGUUUUAUUAUAUGUUUGUGUGUUCUUUACGGUAAUGACGAUUAUUGAAGUUGCUCUUUGUGAAAUGGGUUUUAUGAUAAUGUAAUAAAAUUUUGACAUGAU